AAACAGGAUGGCUGAGAUGGUUUAUGCUGUGACAAGGAUGCUUCUGUUAUAUUUUAUCAGAUCAGGCGUAAAUGGAAAAGAUGAUCGGAUGUUUUUAAGAAGGACUUUUGAUACUUUUCCAUGUGAUAAUAUUUGCUAUGACAUCUGGCAUUUCAACACAAGAGGGAGAAAUGAUUACUUUGCAGUAGUUCAUAAUGCAGAAAUCCAGACGUCUAACCCUGAGGAUGAUGGCGCAAAGUGUUUUCUACAUUUCAAAGUGGAUGAUGGACAUCUUCGGUGCCAAAAGAAUCCAGCAGCUUCAGAUUUAAUCCUUGCACCUGGAGAGAAAUUGUCGCUGCAGUGUGUACUUCCCACCCACCUCAGGCAUAAACACUGUAAUGAUCAGCAGUCAUACAUCAGCCUGAUGUGGGUGGAUGAAUCCAGCUCCAAAGUAAUCCCAGACUCCCAACUCCAGAUACAGCAGAGGUCUCCCUGUGAUGUCACCCUGACUAUAGCGCUGCAGAGUCCCGCAAGCAGGAGGUUCAAGUGUCAGAUGGCCGUGAAUGAGCAAAUCCAGACUUCUGAUGAGUUUUGGAUCAGAGUGCAAGGGCCUACUGGAAGAGGUGGAGGGAAAGGCCUCGUCUUACAGCCUAAAGCUGAUCUCCAAGGUCACAGCAUGGGCACUAUUGGGGCUGCUGUGGGAGCACUAGGCUGCAUGGUGGUGACAGCUCUCGUUGCUGCAUUUGUUGUAAAGGGAAGAAGAACAAGAAGAGACAAUCAGAUAGCAAACAACUCAUGUAAUUUGACCACUGGUGACUCUGCUCCAGGUGAGGUGAUCUAUGCAGUCAUCACUCUUCCUACAGGCUCUGACAGCAUGCUGCUCCAGGAGUGUGAGUCAACAGAAUACGCUUGUAUCAAAUACCAAUAGAAUAAAAAAGCUUUUAAAAAACUGGCCUAGAGCUGCAUGUAGUGUAAAAUUGAUAAGUUUGUUAUCUCCAUUCUUGUUGUAGUUGUCAGGUUGACUAUUUAGGUCUAAGGGAGUAAAAAGAAACAGUGGCUGUUUUUAUAAAAUGCACUUGCUAAUGUGAAUUUUCAAGAGGUUUUUUGAGUGAAACUGUAUGAGCAAAUAUAACUUUCUGAUGUCCAAUGCCAUACAACCACACUGAAACUAGGCGGUGCCUUUAUGUGUAAUAUGAUAGAAAUUCUACGGUUUUGGAAAGUAUCCCAAAAAAAUACACAAAAUGUGGAGUUUUUAAAGGAUUUUUUUUUCAUGUUUUUUAACUGACUUGAAUUGCUAUGACAUAUGAUGUGUUAAUCUCUAUUUAAACAACAUGUUGUAUUGAGACGGAAGCAUUGUGCCAAAAAUACCUGGGCUUAAGGUUUUAUCCCACAUCUUACUAGGGCCCUAAAAAUGGGACAAAGAUCAUACAACCAGGAG